CUUAUUUCACUGCCACCUAACGCGACGCUUAGAUAAAAGAAAGACGAAGCACAAGUAACCUCAGCAGAACUGCUGUCGAGAGUAGUAAGUGAGCGACCGGCUGGUCCCGCCGCCGGGCCUGGAUUUCACGGCAUUUGCGACAAAAGUUAAUGGCCUCUGGCCUCAGGAAGGUCGCAUUGGUGCCACUCCGUCCACUACUGGAGACUACAUACAUGGCAUCCUUUGAGCAGCAGCAGGCAGGCUCGUGGCUCGCGUUGAGCUCCUCUGGAUGCACUACCGGCAGCCCCGUUCUUCCGGCAAGCAACUCCUCGCUCGGUACAUCGGAGGGCGCUGGCAUAGGACGGCUGCAAGCAGGCCCGCCGUACAACCUCAACGCUAACAGCCCCAUGGAUGACUCAUCCACGCACUUCCUCGCCGGAGAUGAUGAGUGCACCAACGCCCGGCGGGCCUGCCUGAUGAACGGCAGCGUCACCAACAGCGGCAGCGGCGGCGGGCUCUUCUCAGGGCUGGUGCAACAUCAGCCCACGAACGGCGGCAGCACAACGCUAACAGGUGCCGCCGCAGAUUUCGGCGGCUACUUCGGCGGCUGUGGCAGCGGCGACAUUGCCAUGGCUUUGCCACUGCUGUCCUUGUCGCCGUCAGCCGCUGCUGGAGGCGCCAUGGCCGCGGCAGACAUCUCCGGGGGCUCGGAGAGCGGGGCUGGGGCUGGCACCGCUGCCGCCGGCGGGUGGCCGCCGCCGCUGCUGACUCCCAAGCGCAGCAAGCGGCGGCUUCUGCAGUCCGCAGGCGAUCAGUCAUCGGGCGACCCCGACACACCUCGGUCAAAUGGCAGCGCCAAGGCUAGGUCCGGCAGUGGCGGCGCCGCCGCCGCCGCCGGCGGUGUGGACAACACGCAACGCAACCGCGAGGCGCAGCAGCGCUUCCGUCAGAGGCAGCGGGACGCGGUGAUGGCACUGGAGUCCCGCGUGAUGCAGCUGGACGGCGAGGCCGAGUCCCUCCAGCGCGCCAAGCGAAUGGUGGAGGCGCACAACGAGUGUCUGCUGAGGCAGCUGCGGGAGGCCGAAGUGGCGGCCGCCGCCGCCGCGGAGCGGGUGGCGGCGCAGAGCGCGCACAUUGCGGCUCAGGCCGAGCAGAUUGCGGCGCAGACGAAGCAGAUGGCGGCGCUGACGGCCGUCACCACAACGCUGCAGGCGCAGGUGCAGGCGGCGCAGCAGCAGGUGGCGGCGCAGAUGGAUGUGCAGGCGGCCGUGAUGCGCGAGCAGCCCUAUGGCACCCAAAUGGUGGUAACGAUCAAAAAACGGGGGUGACGAUCCCCGGACAGGGGGUAACGAUUGUUUCGGGCCCGCACGGCCUGGCACGCCCAGGACGCAAGCCAAGUGGUGCUGUGGUCACCUCUUAGCUACUUGUCAUGCAUACACACAUUGCGGACUGGGCGGAGUGCCUUUCGUCGCCGACAAGUGAACAUGCCGACAUUCUAGUCUGCAAAGUGUGUAAUGUAGUGACAGUUUGUGUUAAAACAGUCUAAUAUGUGAAGCCUUAAACUUCUGUAGUCUUUGCGCUCGCGAACGAGGAAGUCUGGGGGCUGUAGGCCGACUGUGUGACAUUGUGACAGGGACCCUUGGGCGUGGUAACGACCCUAAGCCAGGGGUAACGGGGCCUUCGCGAGGGGUAACAGGGUUCCUGCAUGGGGUUCUCGCGGGCCUGACUUAACAAGCA